AUGCCGAUGGGAAGAUCCACGAUCAAUGUCGAAACGACGCUCAGUGCGCGGGGUGCCUCGGACCUUUCCGAUCCGCACACAGCAAUUGCCCAGCAGCGCCGCGAUCAACUCACACACCGGCAGGUGAGAGAAGUCAGAACCGCAGGUCGAAGGGAGACCCAGGCAGUACGCAAGGAAAAGGUGCCUGCUACGACGCCAAGUAGACAACCUCAAGUGGUCAUCCCCAGACCACCUGCGCCGGGAGCCCGCGUCACUACCUAUGAGAAUGAGUGGCAACUGGUGGACCGAUCACCUAAGCGGGCCCGACCAGAGGAGGGACCCUCCAACAGUCCGAUCCACACCCCGGGCCGGAACCCCCCGCGCCGCGCCAACAAAGGGCUGAAAAAGCCUUCUCACCUCCCGACUCUGAAAUGA